CGUUCACUGAGCCAGUGGAAGGAGGACCGCUGCCUUUCCCUCCACCGCGCCUCACUUAUAAUAACCUCAUCAUCACCAGCAUCAGCAUCUCACCGUCACGACUAUAACUUAUAAAUACUCCGGCUUCUGGGUGGAAUUUCCCUUUGGAUGGUUAUUAUUUAUUAUUUUUAUCCAUAGAUUUCAUCCGUCCGGAAUCAUUUCUCUGCGCUAAAAGGUGUGUCCGAAGCUGGAGGUCAAACCAUGGGUCACGGAACCGGACCAACGAUGAAGGUCAUGUGCUUCAAUCCAGGUAGUCGUCUGAAAGAAAAAUCCCAAGAUGCAGCUCUGAAUCACUGACAAAGCUCCUUAAGGAUCACCUUCAUCCUUGCACUUUCACCUGUCCACUUUGUGUGGAAAUUGGAUAUAUUUCCAAAUCUCUGAAUCGACUUGGCUGAGAAAAUUACAUUCCGUCCAUUAUCAACCUUAGAUCUGCCUCAUAAAUUAAAAAAAACCGGAUAUUGCGUUUCUCGGCUUAACUGUAAAUUUAUCUACGUGGAAUAUAACAUUCAUCAGAUAAACCCUGGAGCUCAGCCAGAUGUUAUUAUCACUUUGAGGAUCUAUCCCCAGUUUAAACGUCUUCUGGUACAUCCUGUUACUCUCUACGAUGAAUCCCAACAGCCUGCCUGGUCAUGUCCUCCUGCUGCUAAGUACCGUGCUGGGCCUGAGCGUAGGCUUGGAGUUUACUGGCUCUGAAGGUCAGUGGGCUCGCUACCUGCGCUGGGACGCCAGCUCCAGAAGUGACCUGACAUUUCAGUUCAAGACUUCCGAACCAGAAGGCCUCAUGAUGUACUUCGACGACGGCGGCUACUGCGACUUCCUAGUUCUCGCCGUAUCCGAGGGUAAGCUACAGCUUGGUAUCAGCAUUGACUGCGCGGAGACCACCAUCACCUCGGACAAGAUGGUCAACGACAGCCGCUGGCACUUCGCCGCCAUCAACAGGCACAAUUUGAGGACAGGCUUGGCCGUGGAUGGCCACACCAAGACGGAAGACGUGCGGCCCCAGAGACGCUUCAUGAAGAUCGUUAGCGACCUCUUCCUGGGAGGGCUACCAGCAGACAUCCGCACAUCUGCCAUCACCCUGCCCUCUGUCCGUGAGCUGCCACCAUUCAAGGGAAUUAUCACAGACCUUGUUUAUGGAAGUAAGCUGCCAACGCUCAUCAAUAGUCAGAAGGUACGCUUGGAGAUGAUGGGCCUUUGCACGGAGAACCCCUGCGAGAAUGGCGGGAUCUGCUUGCUGGCAGAUGGAGAAACCUACUGUGACUGCUCCAGAACGGGAUAUGUGGGUCGAUACUGCACAGAAGCAGUCCAGAGAAAACCAGGCCUCGCACACCUGAAGGCAGAGCAAGGUAGAAACAAAGCGAGGGAGGAGAACGUGGCCACCUUCCGCGGCUCGGAGUACUUCUGCUACGACCUGUCCCAGAACCCCAUCCAGAGCAGCAGCGACGAGAUCACGUUGUCCUUCAAGACCUGGCAACGCAACGGCCUGCUCCUCCACACGGGGAAAUCCGCAGACUAUGUCAACCUGGCGCUAAAAGAUGGCGCCGUCUCCCUCGUCAUCAAUCUGGGCUCCGGGGCCUUUGAGGCCAUCGUGGAGCCGGUCAAUGGGAAAUUCAAUGACAACGGCUGGCACGACAUCAAAGUGACACGCAACCUGAGACAGGUGACUAUCUCCGUGGAUGGCAUCCUCACAACCACUGGCUACACCCAGGAAGACUACACCAUGCUGGGCUCCGAUGAUUUCUUCUACGUGGGGGGGAGCCCCAGCACUGCGGAUCUGCCCGGAUCUCCUGUUAGCAACAACUUCAUGGGCUGCCUCAAAGAGGUGGUGUACAAGAACAACGAUAUCCGUCUGGAGCUUUCCCGCCUCGCCCGCAUCGUGGACCCCAAGAUGAAACUCCAGGGCGACGUGGUCUUCAAGUGUGAAAACGUCCCCACCCUCGACCCCAUCAACUUCGAGACGCCCGACUCCUACCUGGCGUUGCCCAAAUGGAACACGAAACGCGUCGGCUCCAUCUCGUUUGACUUCCGCACCUCCGAACCCAACGGCUUGAUACUCUUCACCCACGGGAAGGCCCAGGACCGGCGGGACGCUAAGGGCCAGAAGAACAACAAGGUGGACUUCUUUGCGGUGGAGCUGCUGGACGGAGGGCUGUUUCUGCUGCUGGACAUGGGGUCCGGCACCAUCAAGGUCAAAGCCACGCAGGCCAAGGUCAACGACGGCGCCUGGCACCACGUGGACAUCCAGAGGGACGGACGCUCAGGCAUCAUCUCAGUGAACAGCCGCCGCACACCUUUCACAGCCAGCGGGGAGAACGAGAUCCUGGACCUGGAGGGGGACCUGUACCUGGGGGGUCUCCCUGACAGCCGGAUGGGCCUGGUGCUGCCCACCGAGCUGUGGACCGCCAUGCUCAACUACGGCUACGUGGGCUGCAUCCGCGACCUGUUCAUCGACGGGCGCAGCAAGGACAUCCGGCAGAUCGCUCAGAACCAGAACAUGACGGGCAUCAAGUCCUCUUGCAGCAAGGUGACGGGGAAACAGUGCGACAGCAGCCCCUGCAAGAACAACGGAGCGUGUAAGGAGGGCUGGAACCGCUUCGUAUGCGACUGCACGGGAACGGGAUUCUGGGACAGCACCUGCGAGAGAGAGUCUUCGAUCCUGUCGUUCGACGGCAGCAUGUACAUGAAGGUGGUCAUCCCAAACGUGAUGCACACAGAGGCGGAGGACGUCUCCCUGCGCUUCAUGUCUCAGCGUGCGUUCGGGCUGCUGAUGGCCGCCACGUCCCGCGAGUCUGCGGACACUCUGAGGCUGGAGCUGGACAGCGGGAGAGUCAAACUGACGGUCAACUUAGACUGUGUCAGGAUAAACUGUAACACCAGCAAAGGUCCUGAGGUUCUGUAUGCCGGACAAAAGCUCAACGACAAUGAGUGGCACUCAGUGAGAGUGGUCCGCCGCGGUAAACACUUCAAACUCACUGUGGAUGACGACAUGGCUGAAGGUCAGAUGGCGGGCGACCACACCCGCCUGGAGUUCAACAACGUGGAGACGGGCAUCUUGACCGAGAGACGCUUUGUCUCCUCUGCUCCCUCCUCCUUCAUCGGGCACCUUCAGAGCCUUAAGUUCAACGGCAUGCAGUACAUCGACAUGUGCAAGAACGGCGACAUCGACUUCUGCGAGCUGAACGCACGCUUCGGGAUGCGCUUCAUCAUCGCCGACCCCGUCACCUUCAAGACCAAGGGCAGCUACCUGGGCCUGGCCACUCUGCAGGCAUAUACCACAAUGCACCUCUUCUUUCAGUUCAAAACCACCUCGCCUGACGGAUUCCUCAUCUUCAACAGCGGAGACGGGAACGACUUUAUCGCCGUAGAGCUGGUCAAAGGGUUUAUCCACUACGUGUUCGACCUGGGGAACGGGCCCAGUCUGCUGAAGGGGAACAGCGAAAACCAGCUGAGCGACAACCAGUGGCACAACGUGGUCAUCACCAGAGACGCCGCCAACACACACACGCUCAAGGUGGACUCAAAGUCCGUCACGCAGAAUGUCAACGGAGCCAAGAACCUCGACCUCAAAGGUGACCUGUUUAUCGGGGGUCUGGGGCCCAACAUGUACCAGAACCUCCCGAAGCUGGUGGUCUCUCGGGAGGGCUUCCAGGGCUGCUUGGCCUCGGUGGAUCUCAACGGCCGCCUGCCAGAUCUCAUCAACGACGCCCUGUUCCGCAGCGGGCAGAUUGAGCGUGGCUGUGAAGGCCCCAGUACGACGUGCCAGGAGGACUCGUGCGCCAACAUGGGCGUGUGUAUCCAGCAGUGGGAGAACUUCACCUGUGACUGCUCCAUGACGUCUUACUCAGGGACUCACUGCAAUGAUCCUGGCACCACCUAUAUCUUCGGUAAAGGAGGGGGUCUGAUCACAUACACUUGGCCCAACAAUGAGAGGCCAAGCACGCGGACGGACCGACUGGCGGUGGGCUUCAGCACGACCAUCAAAGACGGAAUCGUCGUCCGCAUCGACAGCGCCCCACGUCUGGGUGACUACAUCAUGCUCCACAUCGAUCAAGGCAAAAUAAGUGUGACAUUUAACAUUGGGACGGUGGACAUCAGUGUUAAGGAGACAACCACCGACAUCGACGACGGAAAAUACCAUUUGGUCCGAUUCACCAGGAACGGGGGUAACGCCACCUUGCAGGUGGACAACUGGCCCAUCAAUGAACACUUUCCAACAGGCAACAGCGACAUUGAGCGCUAUCAAAUGGCAAAUAAGAAAAUCCCGUUCAAAUAUACCCGGCCAGUAGAAGAUUGGCUUCAGGAGAAAGGCCGGCAGCUGACAAUCUUCAACACCCAGGCCACGAUCUCCAUCGGCGGAAACGACCGGAAGCGACCCUACCAGGGUCAGCUCUCCGGCCUCUAUUACAACGGCCUCAAAGUCCUCAACAUGGCCGCCGAGGGCCACGGCAACGUCAAGGUGAACGGCAGUGUGCGGCUGGUGGGCGAUGUGGCGGUGACCUGGGGCGCACGCACCACCACCUCGGUGCCGCCGGAGAUGUCCACCACCUUUAUUGAGACCACCACCACGCUCUCCACUACGACCACGCGCAAACAGCGUUCACCACCCACCAUUCAGACGACUGAUGACAUUGUCUCGUCGGCGGAGUGCUCCAGCGACGACGAGGACCUGGAGGAGUGCGACUCCGGACAUGCAGGUGGGAUGGGAGGGGAACUAGUUAUCCCCAUACUAGUCGAGGACCCCAUAGACAUCCCUUCUGUAUCCACCCGUUCUCCAUUCAUCCCCCUCCCCCCAACCCUUCGCCCCGUCCUCAUCAUUAUUGAGACCACCAAAGAAUCCUUGGCCAUGGCCACUGAGGCGGGGGUACCUUGCUUGUCGGACCGAGGCAGCGAUGAUUGUGAUGAUGGUGGUGAUGAUGAUGAUGAUGAUGAUGAUGAUGGCAUGGUGAUUUCGGGGUUUGGCUCUGGAGAAGCUUUCGACUCUAGCCUGCCCCCGACUGACGAUGAAGAUUUUACACCACCCUUCUCCCUGGUAACAGAUAAGAUCUUGACCACAUCGCCUUAUGAAGGCGGCUACAAAGCUCUCGCGCCCAAGUGGGAGGCCAAGGACUUGAGGCCUAGCAAAGCCUCUGAGGCAGGUAGGACUACCCCCACCGCGCUCUGCCCCGACCUCCGGGGCACGCUGGCGGUCCCCUCGGACACGCCACCCAAGCUGCCCGCCGGGAAAAUGAACAACCGCGAGGUAAAACCCCUGCAGCCGGACAUUGUCCUGCUGCCCCUGCCCACGUCCUUCGAUCUGGACGGCACCACGCGGGGACCCUUCAUCACCUCGCCCAUGCUGCGCACGGUGCCUGCCGCCUUGCCCACGGUGCCCGGCGUGGUGCGGCGGGUGCCGGGGGCCUCAGAGGUGAUCCGGGAAUCCAGCAGUACCACGGGCAUGGUGGUGGGCAUUGUCUCAGCAGCCGCCCCUCUGCAAUCCUCAAUCCUCCUCUACGCCAUGUACAAGUACAGGAACAGGGACGAGGGUUCCUACCAGGUGGACGAGACGCGCAACUACAUCAGCACCUCGGCGCAAACCAAUGGCGCUGUGGUGAAGGAUAAAACCAGUGGCAGCGCCAAAGGUAGCGCUGGUAGCAAGAGACCGAAAGACAAGGACAAGGAAUAUUAUGUAUAGAACUCAAGUCAUUUCCCAACACAUAGAAAAAUAAACUGUUUGGAACACAGUAAUGAACAUUUUGACAGUACCAUAUUGGCAACUGUGAUUUAAAAAGGAUAAAAAUAUCUCAAGAACUCAAGGCUUACUGAGUCACUGAAACAUUUACAAAAGAACUUUAGCUUAUGGAAGCACACUUACUAUUGUAAGCUUUACAGAGAGACAAUGCAGUGCAACUUCAACGGGACUCAGCGUGGAUCUUUUUAAGGAGUCCCUGCUGGAGACAUUUGGCAGUGUGAAUAACAUCGCUCAAACAUCCACGCGACCCUAAGUGACUGUCAAGAGGUGUGUGAUCCUUGGAGUUCUAACGACCUUGCCCAUUGUAACCCUGUAAAAUACGAUCACUGUCAUUUCGGCCAUUCUGAGCAUGCAUGUGAGGUGUAUGUGACGUGGUGCUGGCAUCUGUGUAAGUGAGGGACCUCAAGAAACUAUGAUUGUCGGGAAGUUGGAAGUCAAAAAAUGAUUUCACAUUACAAAACGGUUUCAUUAAAUGUAGCUUUCAUGGAUGCGAUAAUGAGCUAAGUAUAUGUGUAAUGAAAGCUGUUUCGUUUCUACUUUUUUGUUUGUUUUUAUUUAUUCAUUUAGUAAGUAAUUUAUUAAUUUAUUGAAUUUAGGUCCUUUUUUGAAGGAUGAUGACCAGUCAGGGUUGACUCGGCAGUGCAUAGUUACCUACCGCUCUGCAAGAUGUGAUACAGUAAUGUAUCUCAAUA